AUGCUGUUGGCCUUAUUAUUGUUUUUUCACCGAAUGUGGCUUGGUGGAACGGACCUCAUUAUCUACCCUGUUUCUCCGGGCGUCGUCUCAUCAGACAAAUUCUCCGUUGAGGUCAAACAAGGAUCGAGUGCAUUUCAGGGCAGUUUUGUGUAUAUCAGUCAUUCAAACAACCGAGUUGGUCAAUCGCCCAGUGUUAAACCGAAUAGAACGGUGUCAUGGACUUCGUUUGGAUUCACCGGAGAUUCAGUUAAUGUGAACGUAAUAACUGUCAAGGAUUUCAAAGAAUGCACAGUACGUCCAGAGAGUUAUGGAAUUCCUUGUACAAGACUUCGAGAGAAAACAGCAUCAUUUGAAAUGACUUCGAACACCCAGAAGAUCUCAGUUGAAUUCGAUUAUGACUACGGAAGUUUAAAAUCGGAUAUCGUUGAUAAGCUUCUGAUCUUCGCUAAUCCUCCGGAGACAUAUGUUCCAGAACCAUCGAAUCCAAGUGUUUUAUACUAUGGAUGUGACGUUUACGACCUGGGCGGACAACUACAACUGAGUUCGAAUAUACGACACGUUUACCUCGCACCCGGUGCGUUCGUAAAUGGUGGAUUCAGGACAACAAGCAGACAUCCAGUUACAAUAAGCGGCAGGGGAAUUCUGUCCGGAGCGAAAUAUCGAUUUCAUGAUCCCCGAUUUCUCUGGGGUUUGAUAAAUGUUGAUAUCGGAGUCAAUCAAACAGUGGAAGGUAUUACAAUGGUCGAUUCACCACAAUUCUUUUAUAGAGGAUUAAGUUCCUAUAAUGUGGUCAGAAAUAUAAAAACAGUUGCUCCUUGGACGUAUAAUUCUGAUGGAAUUGGCAUUGGAGCUUAUGGGCUGGUUGAAGAUUCUUUCUUUCAAACUAAUGAUGAUACAUUUAAGGUCUAUAAUGAUGGAUUAACUGUGAGACGGUGUGUAGUUUGGCAAGCCCAAAAUGGAGCGGUAUUUCAAUUCGGUUGGUGGAAACAAAGAAAAGCUAAAAAUAUCUUUAUCGGCGAAAUAGACGUCAUACACACAGAUUGGUGUACCUUCAAGAAGCAACCAUGUUCAUUAUCUCAAAAUGAUGCUGUAUUGGAUCUUGGUGGAAGAACCACUGCCUUCAAUACCACCAACGUAACCAUUUCGGAUAUUAGGGUAGAAGGACAAUGCCCCAGGAUAUUUUAUUUUGUAAUGGACCCUAUGGCAAAAGGGACAGUGACAAAUUUCUACCUUAACAAUUGGUCUAUCCAGUCACAGGCUGAAAGCACAAAAUUGUAUAAUGAAUUGCGUGGGGCGUAUCUUGGCGGUAGAAUCAAAUCGUGGUUCUUUAAUAGACUUUACAUAUCUGGAAAAUGCAUCGUGGAUCCAGGCUCGGCUAACAUUCGUGUUGAUCUCAACACGACAUUCAAUAUAAACUUCAGUUGUGCAUGA